AUGGUGCCCCGACCCGAUCUUAGAGCCUCGGAGCAGACCGUCUUGAAACCGCACGUCGAUCGAACCCUGCGAUUCAGAGAAGAUGGCACAUUUCACAUCAGUGUCUUCGAGGACUUGCAUUUCGCCGAGAAUGCGGAAAAGGACGAGAAGUCAAAGGAGGUGAUGUCAUACAUCCUGUCGGAAGAGGACGUCGACUUUGUAGUCAUCAACGGGGAUUUGGUAUCCGGCGAGGCAACACAGAAAGGUGACGCAAGCAAACAUAUUGAAUCGGUGGUCUCUCCACUCGUGGCCAAGGGGUUACGCUGGGGAUCGACUUACGGCAAUCAUGACAGCGAGAUCAACCUCAACCCGAAAGAUGACAUGUUCAAAACCGAGCACAAGUAUCCCAACAGCUUGACUCAAAGGACAGUCUCUGGAAAAGAUGCCGGUAUCACAAAUUAUUACCUGCCGGUCUUCCCGCAUUCGGGCAUACAUUCCAAGGAGCCUGCCCUGCUACUGUGGUUCUUCGACUCCAAGGGUGGGCAUUAUUACAAGAAACCAGGGGAGGACGGACCUUCCGUGAAGCGUCCCAGUUGGAUUGAUGAUUCUGUCGUAGAUUGGUUCGUCAAGACAAAUUCCAAGCUGAAGAAAAAGCACGGGAAGGUCAUCCCUUCGUUGGCAUUCUACCAUAUCCCAGCCCAUGCGAUGCUGGAGUAUCAAGAAACCAAGGGCAUCGAUCCACAUCUGACGCCUGGAAUAAAUCGCGAACGCGUUAACCCGCAGGGAACCGGAGACUGGAGCUAUGAAGGUCAAGACCUGAAGUUCAUGGACGCGCUUCUCCACACCGAAGGGUUGAUCGCCGGUUUUAGCGGCCACGACCACCAAAAUGAUUGGUGUUUCAAAUGGGAUGGCUCUCUUGUCGACCACGAUCUCACUGGCAAUGGUAUCAACAUGUGCUACGGUCGGCAUACGGGGUAUGGCGGGUACGGUGAUCUGACCCGCGGCGGACGGCAGAUCUUGCUCCAUCAAGACAAUCUCAAAGAUGAUACUGAGACGUGGAUUCGAUUGGAAGAUGGGACUUCUCUGGCUCGAGUCACGUUAAACACCACUUAUGGCCAAGAUCCUUAUUAUACUGUUGGUAAUGGUGUGGAGAAGAUCGAUGCUAAUACGGAUGCAUCUGCGCUUCCUUUCUCUUGGAUGUGGGUUCCGAUCAUGAUGUUAUGGCGGUGGAAGAUGUAA